AUUCCAGUCGCCAGCCCAUGCGUCCACGCGCCUCAGAACCCGAGUCCUCCCAAGUCCACCCUUAUUGCCGCGCGUCCUCCGCAAUGCCUCCUCCCGCGCGACGCCGGGGGGGCGGGAGCGGAGUCGACGAUUCCUCCUCCCCGCGCGCUGACGGGGGCGCGAAGGGCAAGCGCGCGCAGGCGCACAGGGCGCCGCACCACCCGCACCGAGGGAAGGCUGCCCCUGCGAAUCCGGCAUGGAAUGCGGCGGUUCUUGCGCUGUUGCUAGCCGCGGGAUGCGUGGCGGCGCUGAUCGUCGUGCUGAUGUGGGGCGAGGCGCUCCUCGGGGGCUCCGAUGCGCGGUCCGAGAAGCAGCGCCAUCUGACGUCGCUGAAAGCGCCGCGCGUGUCGGAUCUGCCGAUGUUCAAGGGCGACUACGGCGAGAAGAUGCUAUGGGGAACGUACCGCCCCCACCUCUACCUCGGCAUCCGCCCACGCUUGCCGCGGUCAGUGGUGGCGGGCGCCAUGUGGUGGGCGCCACGGCAGGACGACUUUGUGAUCCGCCACAUGUGCGAGCAGCACGACCCCGUGCUGCACACGUACGGCUGGCUGCGCCACGAUGGCCGCACCUACGCCCGCCAGGAGGUGAGGGACGGCCCGUUUGACAUGAGCACGCACUUCCUCAAGUCGUUCAACGGCAGCACGGGGUAUGGUGGCGACUGGGCAGUGCGCGUCGCCGUGGACAUCAACAGAGAGAGGGCGGGAGGCGCGGUCAACGCCCAGUCACUGCCCUUCACAUUCUUCUUCUACGUGGCGGACGAGAGCGGUGCCCCGCUGCACGAUGUGCCUGCAGUGGAGGAGGUGGCCCGCCUCGUGCAGCAACCGCUGGACGCAGCACAGGCGAUCGAGGGAGAGGGGGCGCGUGGCAGUGGGGGGAGAGGAGGGGAGGAGGGUGAGGAGGAGUGGAUGAGGGGAGGCAUAAAGGAGGAGGGAGAAGACGAGGAGGAGGAGGAGGAAGAGGAGGUCGGGGGACGGAGAAGGUUGAGGAGUGUUGAGGAUGGUGGGGGGAGGCAAGGGAGUGGGAGGGGGGACACAAGGAGGGGGAGGGCGUUGAUGGGCGAGGGGGGCGAGGCGGAGGAGGCGGAUGGGCAUGAGGGGCAUGAGGGGCAGCGGUCGGCUGUGGUGGCAAGCGGGGUGUCGGAUGUGUUUGGGCGGUGGGAGCUGCAUGCAGUGGCGCAGGCGGAGGGUCCGGGGGCCGCAUACGAGGCGUUCCACACCCGACAUCUGCACAACCUGUCGGACGCCGUCAGGGCCGCCAUGAUCCACAAUUACCAAGCCACUCAGCAGCCGACGCUGGGCAACAAGGCACAGGCGGGCGCCAAUGUUGCAGUCAUCCAGCUCACCACGUUUCUGCCCUCCGUGGUGGACUUUGUGUUCCUCUCGGGCCUUGCCGCCUUCUCCCCGCCGCACUCGCCCUCUCCAGAAUCCGCCUCUCGCCUCAACCUCCUCUCAGGCCGGGCCUUGGCGCGGCGCGUGGCGGAGGCAGAGGCGGCGGUGGAGCGCCGCAUGCAGGCCGCCUUCCCCGUGGCCUCCGAGCUGGCAGAGAAGAUUCCAGGCGUGGGCGAUGCCGUGAAGGCGUCACUGAGCAGCCUUGUAGGGGGUAUGGGAUAUUUCUACGGCCAAUCGCGUAUCGCCAUCCCUCCACAUCUCAAGACCCCAGGCGACCCCCUGCCCUACUGGCAGUACUGGCCGGCAGCACUGUUCACGGCAACGCCCAGCCGCCCUGUGUUCCCGCGGGGCUUCCUUUGGGACGAGGGCUUCCACCAGCUCGUGCUCAGGCGGUGGGACGAGCGGGCGUCCAUGGACGCGCUGGGGCACUGGCUGGACCUCCUCAACGCCGACGGCUGGAUCCCCAGAGAGCAGAUCCUGGGGGCCGAGGCGCGCAGCAAGGUACCUGAGGAGUUCAUUCAGCAGCACGUGUCCAACGGCAACCCGCCCACGCUCUUCCUCCCUCUCACCGAGAUUGCUGAUUUGGCAGCUCGCAGUGCUGCAACGUGUCGGCGGCUGCCAAACGGGUCCUUUGUGCCGAUGGAGGGGGUGGGGGCUGCAGGAGGGGCAGCGGAGGCAGAGGGGUGUGAGCGGCUGUCGUUUCUGCGGGCGUGCUUCCCGCGGCUCAAGGCGUGGUUCCACUGGUUCAACUCGAGCCAAGCGGGGAAGCUGCCUGGAAGCUACUACUGGCGGGGUCGGGACGCUGACACGGUGCGCGAGCUGAACCCCAAAACGCUGCAGUCGGGGUUGGACGACUACCCACGUGCCUCGCACCCCUCGGCGGACGAGCGGCACGUGGACCUGCGCUGCUGGCUGGCCAUGGCUGCUGGGGCUAUUGCCAAGAUUGGAGGGGUGGUGGGGGAGGGCGUGCAGGAGUACGAGGCCACGGCACGGCACCUCGCGGACUUCACCCGCCUCAAUGAGCUGCACUGGGACGGCAAGAGGCAGCGCUACGCUGACUAUGGCAACCACACAGAGAAGGUGCGGCUGGAGGCGGUGGACACGGUGGACCCGGUGACGCACAGCAUGCACAGGGAGCACCGGCGCGCGGUCAGAGGGUCUCCCACACUCCGAUUCGUGCCGCACUUCGGAUACGUGUCGCUCUUCCCGCUGCUGCUGCGCUUGAUCCCGCCUCAUGCGGAUGAGUUGGGGCAGCAACUGGAGCUGCUGCGCUCCGAGAAGCUGCUGUGGACCGACUACGGGCUCCGGUCGCUGGCUGCCACCAGUUCGCUGUAUAUGCGGCGCAACACGGAGCACGACCCGCCGUACUGGCGAGGGCCUGUGUGGAUCAACCUCAACUACCUCGCACUCUCCGCGCUGCGCUUCUACUCCUCAGAGUCAGGCCCACACAGCUCAACGGCAGGAGAGCUGCACCGGCAGCUGAGAUUCAACCUUGUCAGGAACAUCGUGGGGCGGUACCAGGAGAGUGGGUAUUUGUGGGAGCAGUACGAUAACACGGCGGAUGGCAGGGGGAAGGGGGCACACCCAUUCACCGGCUGGACGGCCUUGCUUGUCCUCAUUGCUUCCGAUUCUUUCUGAUUGAUAAGUGGGUGUGCUGCCAAUGAUAAGAUUUCCAAUCACGUCACGACACCCUGUUUACAAGUACGAGUAAAUUCUAUGUCUCUGUCGUGCACAAUGCACCCUUGGACAACAUUUUCGCAAUGCAAUUGAAUACUAGUGAAUCAAGCGAUGCAGGGAGGAGGCCUCUGGAUAGGAUUAGAAGUACUCUUUCUCGUAAGGGUACUCGCUUGCUGCCACUUUUUCUGUAAGGGUAUAUUUUUAAGCUACUUUGUAAUACAAGGGUCCUAAAUAUUGUGACACGACCUCAGAGGAGUGUGCAGUGCAGUCGUCAUAGCAUAUCAUAGCUCCAUAGUACAGCACACUAGAUAGGGCAAAUACAUGGCAAGGGAACAAGGGUGAGCAGGCCAUGCUAGUUAUCAAAGCAUGGGAGGGAAGGGUGGGCAAGUUGGAACAGAAAAAUGCAAAUGAGACUAGGUGGCAGG